AUGAUAAAAUCAUACUUGUUUUUGUUAGCUGCCUUGGCUUUUUCCUUUUGUUUCAUAUCAAAAAUCGAAUCUUUUGACCCAAACGCUAUUCCCUAUGCUACCAGAGAUAGCUGGUGUAAAAAUAACAUAGCAAAUUGUCAGACUUUUUGCAGGGAUAAUGGAACAACCGGUGCAACAACUAACACUUGUGAUGCUACCACUUUCACUUAUUCAUGUGUUUGUUCUGACGGUCGGUCGCCAGAUUCAAACUAUUAUACUAUGCCAGUUGACUACUUUAAAUGCACUAGUGACCAGGACAAUUGUACCCAAAAAUGUGGGCCUGCCAACCAGGAUUGUGUUAAUAAGUGUGCAGGAAAUUGUUCUGCUACAAUGAAAAAAACAUAUACAUAUGCGUUGCCCUCGUCUACUCUUGGAUCUACUCAAACAUCAGCUACAUCAAGUACUAAAUCUUCUCCUAGUAGUCUAUUAACCCCCAGUCUUGCCAACAAAUCAACUCCCGCAAUAACAAUCGGGCUUCUUAUUGUUUUCUUAACUUCUAUAACUACAUCGAAAAUGCACGUCGCUGCAUUAAGGCGUUCUAAACCUACUGAUAAAG